UUACAAAUAAAUAAAAUUAGAUUGAAAAUAAAGAAGUUUUAGAAGCUUUCUCUCUCAGCAUUGUUCAUUCUGUCAGUGAGAGAAUCUCUCUCUCUCUCUCUCUCUCUCUCUCUCUCUCUCUCUCUCUCUCUAGAAACCCUAUUGCGCGCUUUGCAAUCGACACCGAUCAUGGCCAACAGCAACCUCCCUCGAAGAAUCAUCAAGGAAACGCAGCGUUUGCUCAGUGAGCCAGCGCCUGGAAUUAGUGCCUCCCCUUCAGAAGACAAUAUGCGAUAUUUCAACGUGAUGAUCCUUGGGCCGACACAGUCACCAUAUGAAGGAGGAGUUUUCAAGUUAGAACUAUUCUUGCCUGAAGAAUAUCCAAUGGCUGCUCCAAAGGUUAGGUUUCUAACAAAAAUAUAUCAUCCAAACAUUGAUAAGCUUGGCAGGAUAUGUCUUGAUAUUCUGAAAGAUAAGUGGAGUCCUGCCCUUCAGAUACGCACUGUUCUAUUGAGCAUCCAAGCUCUUUUGAGUGCACCAAACCCAGAUGAUCCACUUUCUGAGAACAUUGCCAAGCAUUGGAAAUCUAACGAAGCCGAGGCUGUUGAGACAGGUAUCAGGAGAUCAUUUUAAGGUGGGAGCACAAGACUGGAUGAACUGUGAAGAGUCUCACUGCAUGUCAAGUGGCAGGAUGGAAAUGCAGUAUAUAGAAUGGAGAAGCAGUACAAGGUCAUGAGUUCUACAAGCUGUAAUGCCUAACGGAGUGUUCCAACAUUUCACGACUAGGACAUACAAUUUCCUUCACUCGACAGCCAUUUUUGUAGAUCUUGAAUGUCGGUACAAUGCUCACAUUCUCAGCAGUAGCGACUGUUGGGCUUUGUUGAAUAUCCACCUUUAAUCAAACACAAAAUUCUAAUGCAUAAGAAAACUACCACGAUGGUUUCUUUUACCUCUAAAUUGAAAAUAUCAAGGCAAGUUGAAAACACAAUGUGUGAAGUGAGCUACCUUGAGGAAAUUUAUAGAUGGAUGGCGACUACACAGCGUAUCCACAAAGGGUGAUAUUUGCUUGCAUUGCAAGUUGGAUGCGGUUUCAAAAUGAACAACAGAAACACCUGUAAAAUUACAGAUAAUAUUAGAAGAUUUGCAAAAUAACCGGGUUGUAAAAUGAGUAGCAGCAACCUUUCCUUAUCCAUUAUGAUUACCUGGUAAAGAUAUUGCAGCUCUAAACUGCUCAAGACCUGAUAUGUCCUCCACUUCACCACCAAACUUUAAAUUAUGUACUUCUUCCCCACGAGACUUCUUUAAUGCUACUUGCGCAUGAAACAGUGCUUCAGCAACUUCAUUGUCAUCUGGUAGUUCUCUCCGCAAGAGCUCGUAAUCGUUUACUGCUUCUGCCCACCUUUCUAGCUGCAUAAUAAGGUAAGAGAUGACACCACUUACCUUGAGUAUGACAAUGUACAGUAUCAAAGAAAAUAAAAUGGCAAUUUACCUUGCUAUUUGAAGCAGCCUUCCGAAGAAUGGCUUUUGUGUAGUUUGGUUGGAUGAGUAAAGCUUGAUUGCAGUCUUCAAUUGAUUUUUCCCAUUGCCCAAGCUUAAAAAAACAUGCUGCUCUAUUGCAAUAGAGAACAGAGUUUGAAGGGUCUAGCCUCAAACCUUCUCCAUAUGCCAAGCACGCUUCAGUGAACCUUUCUGAUUUAAAGAGAUCAUUGCCACGCAAUCGAGCUCUAGCCACCAUCCUUACAUUGUUGAGCAAAACAGCAACUUCAAUGUUUCGGGGGUCAAUCUGACUAGCUUGCUCAGCAGCUGUAACUGCAUUCUCAAACCUGCAACACAUCCAUCAUCCAUUCUCACUCUCCAACAGAUACCUUUUGCCAGCUUAGAUUUCUGAUCAAGCUUACAAUUUCUGAACUCACCUUCCAAAAGCCAUCUCAAUCUGAGCUUUAACAAAGUAGCAAUAAGCUUCAGAAAGCAUCCCAAAAAAUCUGGCCUGCGAUAAGGAAACAGGAUGCGGCUCACAUUUGGGAAUAUGUAAUAAACUUGAUUCGGCAUCAUCCAUCUGGUGGAGCCUGAGAAGGGCUUCUGCUCUACACAUAAAGAGCUGUAAAUUCAAUUUCCAACCAGUUCAGACAUUUUUCACACAUUUCGCACCACAAUAACAUAUUCAACUCACAUAUG